GGGCCCAGCCCUGACCUGCAGGCUGGCUGCCAAGAGGGUUAUUUCCUGCUGCUCUCCAAGCGAGCCUCCCACCCUAAAGAGGGGCCACAAGGAUUUCCUCGUCCUCCCCGACCGGCCGCGCCCCCAACCGUGCAGUGCCCUCCGGGCGUGCCGGAGGUGAGGGAGGUGCUGCCUACCCGCCCCUCCGGCUUCUCCUCCUCCCAAUGCUCCCCACCCACCACUCUCCUCCCUCCCUCUGCCGACUCCUCCUGCCGCUGCCGCUGCUUUGGCUGCUGCGUCAUACGCCCCAGAGCCGCCAGGACGAAGGGGCUGGGCCCAGGGACCCCCCCGGCCUCCUCCUGCACGCCUCCCGGCUUCCACACGCACUCCUCCCGCACUGAGGGCUCACCCAGGUGUCUUGGGUCUGCCCCUGCCUAGCUCCCAGCUGCCCCAGCUGUCACCGGCCCCCCCAGGAUGCAAUGGCGCAGCUCCCCCGGCUGAGCCGCUUGGGUGCACCCUCUCUUUGGGAUCCAGCUUCCCCUGCUCCCACCUCAGGCCCCAGACCUCGACUUUGGGAGGGCCAAGAUGUGCUGGCCAGGUGGACUGAUGGGCUGUUGUACUUGGGCACCAUCAAGAAGGUGGACAGUGCUCGGGAGGUGUGUCUGGUCCAGUUUGAGGAUGACUCCCAGUUUCUGGUUUUAUGGAAGGACAUCAGCCCGGCUGCCCUCCCUGGGGAAGAGCUCCUCUGUUGUGUCUGUCGCUCUGAGACUGUGGUCCCUGGGAACCGGCUGGUCAGCUGUGAGAAGUGUCGCCACGCUUAUCACCAGGACUGUCACGUUCCCAGAGCCCCAGCCCCUGGAGAAGGAGAGGGCACAUCCUGGGUCUGCCGCCAGUGCGUCUUUGCGAUGGCCACCAAGAGGGGAGGCGCACUGAAGAAGGGUCCCUAUGCCCGGGCCAUGCUGGGCAUGAAACUCUCUCUGCCAUAUGGACUAAAGGGGCUGGAUUGGGAUGCUGGACACUUGAGCAACCGACAGCAGAGCUACUGUUACUGUGGAGGCCCUGGGGAGUGGAAUCUGAAAAUGCUGCAGUGCCGGACCUGCCUUCAGUGGUUCCAUGAGGCCUGUACCCAGUGUCUGAGCAAGCCCCUCCUCUACGGGGACAGAUUCUAUGAAUUUGAAUGCUGUGUGUGCCGGGGUGGCCCCGAGAAGGUCCGAAGGUUACAGCUUCGCUGGGUGGAUGUGGCCCAUCUUGUUCUCUACCAUCUCAGUGUUUGCUGUAAGAAGAAAUACUUUGAUUUUGACCGAGAGAUCCUCCCCUUCACCUCUGAGAAUUGGGACAGUCUGCUUCUCGGGGAGCUUUCAGACACCCCCAAGGGAGAACGUUCUUCCAAGCUCCUUUCUGCUCUUAACAGCCACAAGGACCGCUUCAUUUCAGGGAGGGAGAUUAAAAAGAGGAAAUGUCUUUUUGGUCUCCAUGCUCGGACCCCUCCUCCUGUGGAGCCUCUCACUGGAGAUGGAGCCCCCACCAGCUUCCCUUCAGGGCAGGGCCCUGGGGGAGGGGUCUCACGUCCCCUGGGGAAACGACGGAGGUCGGAGCCAGACGCCCUGAGGAGGCAGAAGGGGAAAGUGGAGGAGCUGGGACCACCCACGGCAGUGCGCAGUCGGCAUGGGUCCCGGGAGCAGAGGGAGCGGGCCCGUCUGCAGAGGGCCUUGCAGGCCUCAGUGUCUCCACCACCCCCCAGCCCUAACCAGAGCUAUCAGGGCAGCAGCGGCUACAACUUCCGGCCCACAGAUGCCCGCUGUCUGCCCAGCAGCCCCAUCCGGAUGUUCGCUUCCUUCCACCCUUGUGCCAGCACUGCGGGGACCUCUGGGGACGGUGAACCCCCGGACAGGUCACCCCUGGAACUUCACAUUGGCUUCCCCACAGACAUCCCUAAAAGUUCUUCCCACUCAACGACUGCCUCAUCAGCCCCAGCCCCAGCCCCUAUCCCAGGCCUUUCCAGACAUUCAGUACCCCCUUCUUCCCUGUGCCAUAGUUUGUCUCCGGGGACUGGGGGAGGAGUCCGAGGUGGGGUUGGCUACCUAUCCUGUGGGGACCCUGUCAGGGUCCUGGCUCGAAGAGUGCGGCCCGAUGGCUCUGUGCAGUACCUAGUUGAGUGGGGAGGAGGUGGCAUCUUCUGACAGCCCUCUUCUGCUCACCUCCCCGUUCACACACUGGCACUUUCAUGCCCUGACCUCUGACCUCACCUACAGCUGGGAUGUACCUGGAGAGCUGGGAGUAGUUCUCCCUGCGCCCAGGCUGGAAUCCGGGGGGUGGGGAAGAGGUCCUCUUCUCUGCCUCUUCAUGACUCCUGACCCCUCAUCCUUCCCAUUUCCUUUGAUGUUAUUUUGUUACAGCUUUUAAAAUAUUUUUUAAAACUAUUUAACCCCUGGGUAUAGAGAUGGGGGUGGCGGUGGUCCAGGAUUCCAGACUCUGUAUGACUGUAAUAAAGAGAAAUAAACAAA